UUCACUUUGCAGCUCAUAAGAUGUCUUCAGGUGCCGCACCGGCCGAGAGCCCUGAAGCUCGCGAGUUGAGCUUGGUAUCCAAAGUGGAGCUCCGGAUUGCCCUUGCCGAUUCAGACGAGAAGCUCCAAAAGCUCCUACAGACAUAUUUAGCUCCAUUACUACUAAAACUAGCAUCGGAGCAUCUGACUGUGCGGAACAAGGUUAUUGCAGUCUGUCAACAUAUCAAUUUAAGGAUAAAGCCGCAAUCGAUACAGUUGCCCAUCACGGCGCUGUUGAAACAGUUCAAGGAACAGAGCUCGCAAUUAAUCAGACAUUUUGAUCUGAUCUAUAUUCAGCAAGGUAUUGAUUGUCUGGACGCUUCAGCACGCGUAGAGCUUUUGCCUGCUGCGUUGGAGGGUAUUUCUCAGCUUGAUGUUACAUCCGCGCAAACGGCGAGUGUCUUCAAUUUGAUUUUGAGGUUGUUACCUUUGCUACGGCUUCCGCCAAAGGAUAGUCCCGAAGAUCGUAAACUAAGAGAGAAGCUAUCUCUCUCCGAGGCGGACACGCGAUCCUUAGCUUUCUGGCUGGGUAAACUACUGCUCCUCUCACAGGCAACGAAAGAUGCUUGUACUUGCCCCGGACUGUCUCCAUCAGAGUACACGUUCCUGAACAAAUCUGCAUCUUUCGAUAAGACUUGGAACCCUACCAUACAGGGAGGGCUGAAUCUAACAGAAACGAAAUAUUUCGUCGCCAGCUUUCUAGCGAGCGGUGCCUUUGACAAUUCAGGUCGAUUUUUGCCUGCUGUGAUACUCUCUGCUGAUUCCAACUCUCGUCUGUCAGACAUUGGCGAUGAUAUCCUAAAACGAUUUAAUCCCGAUCUUGAAAAUGCUGAAACCGUGGAACAACUGUAUAAACUCUACUUUGGAACCUCCGGCAGUGAUGCAGCUCUUCCUGCUCGUCUCCCUCUCCAGGUCAAAAUAUUGAGUUUUCUUGGUAAAUCCGUCAAAGCGACCACAUAUACUGAAGAAAUCAGCAAGUUACUUGACGAAGGCCUGUUCUCAUCUAUGGCUCAAUCUGCUCAAGGCCUCCAGGCCUCAAAGCUUAAGUCUCAAAUCUUCACGUUCAUUACCUGGGCUGUGCGUAUGGGUGCUCCAUCUGAUUUGAGAGUUAUUGCGCUGAGGGCUGUUGUUGGUUUACGCCAGUUUGUCGAGUCGCAGGGAUGGCCGGAUCCUGGGGUCAGUGGCCAAAGACUGUCUCAGACAGAUGUUGGCCUGCGAGGAUUGGCAUAUGAAAGUAUCGGCGUAUUGUCUCCAAAGAUUUCAUCGGGAGGCGGCCUUGACUAUAUUGAUAUGGAUCUUCUUAGAUGGCUCUUUAGCUCCCUUGCCUCUGACGCUUCAGCGGCUGAAAUCUAUGUUAGUAUUGAGCAAGCCCUAGGCAGUAUUUUGAACUCCUGCACUGGAAAUCUUCCUGAAGGUGUACAGUCAGAACUGGGUAGCUUCCUCGAGUGUCAAAUGCGAAGUCAGCCUGGCACAGAGUCUUCGUUGACCGGUUACCCUAUUGCUCGCAGUACGCACUAUACUGCUGUACGAUAUGCGAAUCGGUGUCUACCAUACUGGGACCUCACUGCUCGAUGGAUCGAUUUCCUUGCCAUUGCAAGUACCUCCCAUGCGACAAGAGAAGUCAUUGAAGAAGGAAAGAAAGGCCUUCAUCCAUAUUGGUAUCGAAUGCUCAACCCUGUCAGGGGUACACCAUCUUCAACAAAAACAGAGGAUCUACCACAGUACAAGUUUCCCAGCUUUCAACAAGCAGCACAAUUAUUGGUAAAGCUAAGUGAUUCUGACCUCUCGCAAAGCAAUGUGCGCGGUGUCAUUGCACCGGCGAUUCGAUUUUGCAAAAACCUGCUUGUAUGGGAAGCGUUAUCAAAGACGCAAGCACCUAUUAACAUCGACCAAGACUGGGAGUAUAAACUUGAAACCCUCCUUCGAUCAGAUACACAAAUGAGGAAUGUCGUAAGGAAUAUCAUCGCUCGACAACCCGAUUCAAUCAUGACUAUAUGGCUGAAUAGUGCUCUCAAUGGGGUUAUUGUAUCAGCUGGAUCUCAAAGCACAGACUGCGGCCGGGACUUCAUAGAUAUUGCGUCGUUGAGUUCAAACCAAGUUGUAGCAACAGUCACUUCCAGAGCACCAUCAAUACUACAACGGAUUUCAUCGACUAACGAUCAUGUGCUUCAACGCAUUGCUGCAAGAAUUUUUGGAAUCCUUGCUUCACAUACAUCCGUGACAGAAACAGACUGUCAACAAGUCUUUUCUGAGUUAUUGGAUACAAGCAUGGCAUGGAAGGGAGCUGCUGGCGAAGCAGCAAAUAAGGUCCGAGGUGCCGUUCUUUCAGCUGCAUAUUUGCUUAGUCGAUUGGCGUACCGCAGAAGAGUGAGCGUCAUCCACGAAGCCCAUAUCGGGCAAUAUAUCAGUCUCGUCAUCGAAAUACUUGACCACUCACGAGACUUGCAACUUUCAGAGACCGUACAAGUGACGAUUGGUCAACUAGCACUCUCACAAGUGCUCAAAUAUGGCACACUAUCACAGUCCAGCAAAUGGAAAAUCAUCCAGACUAAGCUAGAAGAACAUGCCAAGAAAGAGCAAGAGAAUGCGAUAAAUGCAUUAGGCCAAUUGGCCUUGGUUGUACUACAUGAUGGAGGAGGGGACCAAUCUGCGUUUAACGAGAUCAUGACGUCGCUACAUGCAUUGCAUGAAAUUCGCAAACCAGAGGUCCAAUUCCCUGUCGGCGAGUCGUUAAGCACCGCUGCGGCAGGAUGGGCGUCAAAGUCACUGACUGGUGAAUUCGAUGUGGAUGAAACAGCAUUGGAAGCAAAAAUUCCGACAACAAUCCUCUCAGAAUUAGCUGAUAAGUUGAUUGCGGACUGUAAGGCUUCAAAGCCUUCUCUACGAAAAGCUUCCGCCAUUUGGGCCCUUUGCCUUGUCAAGGACUGCGGAGAGCUCGAAGGAGUUCAGCAACGGCUUCGAGCAUUUCAAUCUGCAUUUACUAGUCUCUUGGCUGAUCGGGAUGAGGUUGUCCAAGAGACAGGUUCGAGAGGAUUAAGUUUGGUGUAUGAAAUGGGUGACCAGGAUUUGCGAGACGAUCUUGUACGCGAUUUGAUCGGCUCUUUCACUGGUAAUGGCGCCAACCUGGGAGGCAAGGUAACAGGCGAUACUGAACUUUUUGAGCCUGGUGCUCUUCCCACGGGUGAAGGAAAAUCGAUCACAACAUACAAGGACAUCAUGAACCUAGCAUCUGAAGUUGGGGAUCCCAGUCUCGUUUAUCGUUUCAUGUCUCUUGCAUCAAACAAUGCGAUUUGGUCAAGUCGAGCAGCUUUUGGCAGGUUCGGCCUCAGCAAUGUCUUGUCCGAUUCUAGUGUGAGCGGGUAUCUUGCGCGAAAUCCCAAGAUCUAUCCUAAGUUGUAUCGAUACCGAUUCGACCCAAAUCCAAAUGUACAAAGGUCAAUGAACGACAUUUGGCAAGCGCUUGUCAAGGAUCCUACGGCUCUAUUAGACACGCAGUUUGAUUCAAUCAUGGAUGAUCUACUAGCCAGCAUUGUCGCAGGAAGAGAGUGGCGGGUCCGUCAGGCCAGUUGUGCCGCUAUCGCAGACUUGUUACAGGGUCGCCCGAUUGAGAAGUACGACAAAUAUUUGAACGAUAUCCUAAGCAAAGCCUUUAAGGUGAUGGACGACAUUAAAGAGUCAGUACGCACAGCAGCUCUAAGGCUUUGUCAGGUCAUUACGAAUAUCUUGAUUCGCACCCUUGAAGUUGGAGAUACAGACUCGAAGCGGGCAAAGGCUAUGCUUGAGCAUAUCAUUCCUUUUCUCCUGGGUCACGACGGAAUGGAGUCCAGCGCACAAGAGGUACAAGGUUAUGCAAUAUCGACCUUGGUACAGAUCAUUAAGAAAAGUCCGAGCUCUCUCCUGCGUCCGUUCAUGGCUCAAAUAUUAGAGAAAUUCCUAUCUUCUCUAAGUUCUCUGGAGCCUCAAGCGGUGAACUAUAUCCAUCUGAAUGCCGACAAAUACGGGCUCACAGGGCAGGAGAUUGAUAAAAUGCGACUAUCAAGUAUUCGAAUGUCCCCUAUGAUGGAAAGUAUUGAAAGAUAUCUUCUAGAUGGUUUGGAUGAGAGUACCAUGAAAGAGGUCGCUUCCAGAUUAGAAGUAGUCCUACGCACUGCUGUUGGCUUGCCAUCCAAGGUCGGCUGCAGCAGAGUUCUGGCUCUCCUGAGUGGCAAGCCACUUUUGUUCGGUCCUUAUGCCGACAGAUUCAUUCAACUAUUGACUAAGCACGUCCUCGACCGCAACGAGACCGUCAGCGUCUCGUACAGUGCCUCGAUUGGGUAUCUCAUUCGACUUGCAAGUGAUGAGCGUGUAUUAGAGACCAUUACUUUUACCAAAUCGCUCUACUUCAACUCUGAAGAGACUUCUCAGCGAACAGUAUCUGGAGAAAUCCUACACUCUAUGUCGAAGCUAUCAAGCGAUAGGUUCUCGACCUUCGCUACUGCUGCAUUACCAUUCGUGUUCGUCGCUAAACAAGACACGGACGAGCAAACUCGCGAAAUCUUCGAAAGGACAUGGCAAGACAAUGUCGGUGGACCUCGAGCAGUCGCGUUGUACCUGAAGGAAAUCACAGCUAUUAUAUCCGAGCGGCUAGAGUCAUCCAAUUGGACCAUCAAACACAGUGCUUGCCUUGCGACAGCUGACGCGGUCACCAGUAUCGGCAAAUCUCUCGAUCAACCAACACCAGAAAUCAUCUGGCCUAUCCUAGAAAAGGCUGUGGGUGGGAAGACGUGGGAGGGUAAAGAGAAGGUCCUGAAAGCGUUUGUAAAAUUCACGGAGAAUUCGCGGGCAUUCUGGCAAUCCAGAGGAGACGUCAGCCAACAGAUGAAAGUGAUUAUUAUCAGAGAAGCCAAGCGAAACAACGUGGCGUACCGGCCACACGCACUAAAUGCGUUGGCCGAUUUUGCAGAGAUCCGGCCUGAUUUAGACCUUCUCUCGGACGCUAUCAACAUCGUAGAACCAAUCGUUGACGAUCUCAUCGAUAGCGAAAAUGUGAAGAUGGACAUAGAUGGAGACCGUUCCAAAGCACUGGAGAAUGAGACGUUAGCAGCAUGUACCGGAUGUCUGGUCCGGUGCAUCAACCCCACAGGCAACGUACCGGAAUCUGACCAGCUGAAGUCCGUUAUCAAGUGUAUAGAAUUUUGCCUACAGGGCAAUAAGCGACAAGUACUGGACAAUCUCUACAGCGGAUUACAGAGUGUAUUUGACAGGAUAGGGGAUGAAUUAUCCAAACAGGCAGUCGAUCGCUCGGCGUUACAACAGCAAUUACAAGUGCUAGGCAAUGGCCUACUAUUCGUUGAAAUUGAUCCGUCGAUUGAGAGCCUGCGUCUAAAGCGUGCUCGAGUAGCGGAGAAAUUCAUCAAAGUGGCCUCUCAAGGGACCCAGGGCACCAGUGAAGUGGAAGCCGGCGCAAGGGCCCUGACUGACAGUCAACGACAACGCAUGGAACUGUGGCUGGCGUCAGAGCGAGCUGAAUCAAUCCAACAGAUUCUUAAAUCUGCCCUACAACAGUUGUAAUUUGUGACCGAGAAGUGUUCAGACCCUGUCCUAGCUUGAUUAGGCUGUGGCUUUGGCUUAGUCGUGGCUUACUACCUACGUUAUUGUAUGGAGUAAUACACUAGACCUCGACGGUCCUGUCAUCCUGCUGCUUAUGUACUAGUGCUGAAAUAUAGGGGACUCGGACUACGGGCAAGUUGAUUGGGCGAAAGAGAAAUUUUCACCACGUGGAAGAUCGACGACGACGAGGCCAUAGCCUAGUAUGUACGAGUCCGAGUACUAGCAAAGUUAGAUAAAAUACCACUAUGCGUG